AUGUCAGCUGCCAUCUCUACUCUAGCAGCUUCCUAUGGCUCUGGGUCUGAGUCUGAGUCUGACUCUGACAAUGACACAGGCUGCUGCUGUUCUUUGCCUGCUGCUGACUCCCUCAUCCACCUGAAGAAAGCCCCUUUGGCCAAGCUCUCUCUGCUGGGAACUGUGGAUGGGGCACCAGAGGUGGCAGUUAAGGAAGAUGUGGAGACUGGAGUACACCUGGAUCCAGCCUUUAAGGAAGUCCAAUACAAUCCUGCUUAUGAGAACAUGUUUGCUCCUGUUUUUGGACCAGAAAAUCCCUUUAGGACUCAGCAGAUGGCUGCCCCUAGGAAUAUGCUUUCUGGAUAUGCUGAGACAACUCAUAUUAAUAAUUUCAUGUUUGAACAGCAGAGGCGAACUUUUGCAACCUAUGGCUAUGCAUUGGACCCCUCAUUAGAUAAUCACGUUUCUACUAAAUAUAUUGGGUCUGUAGAAGAAGCUGAGAAAAAUCUAGGUCUAACUGUAUUUGAAACUGAUCAAAGGAAAAGAGAAAAGAGAAAAAGGUUCAAAGAAAAUGAUGCAUCAAAUAUCGACGGUUUCUUAGGACCUUGGGCAACAUAUGUAGAUGAAAAAGAAGUGGCUAAACCUUCAGAAGAAGAACAGAAAGAAUUAGAUGCAAUCACAGCCAAGAGGAAAAAGAAAGGCAAACAUGAGGAUGAAAAACCUGGGGAAGAAAAGACCAUUUUACAUGUCAAAGAAAUGUAUGACUAUCAAGGCAGGUCUUACCUCCAUGUUCCUCAAGAUACUGGUGUUAAUCUGCGUUCUACAGUCCCCCCUGAGAAAUGUUAUCUUCCCAAAAAAGAGAUCUACGUUUGGUCUGGACAUACAAAGGGUGUCAGUGCUGUCAGGCUGUUUCCUCUUUCUGGCCACUUAUUACUGUCUUGUUCUAUGGACUGCAAAAUUAAGCUAUGGGAAGUUUAUGGAGAUCGUCGAUGUUUGAGAACAUUUGUUGGUCACAGUAAAGCUGUCAGAGACAUCUGCUUUAAUGGUGUAGGAACUCAGUUCCUCAGUGCAGCCUAUGACAGGUAUCUUAAGCUCUGGGACACUGAGACAGGUCAGUGUAUAUCAAGAUUCACAAACGGGAAAGUUCCUUAUUGUGUCCAAUUUCAUCCUGAUGAAGAUAAAGAGAAUCUCUUUGUGGCUGGUAUGUCAGAUAAGAAGAUUGUACAAUGGGACAUCAGAAGUGGGGAGAUUGUGCAAGAAUACGAUAGGCAUUUGGGAGCUGUCAACACCAUCGUGUUUGUGGAUGGAAACAGAAGAUUUGUAAGCACUUCUGAUGACAAGAGCCUACGAGUUUGGGAAUGGGACAUUCCUGUAGAUUUCAAGUACAUAGCAGAACCCAGCUUGCAUUCAAUACCUGCAAUGACUUUGUCUCCAAAUGGGAAGUGGCUGGCAUGUCAGUCCAUGGACAAUCAGAUUUUAAUUUUUGGAGUGCAGAACCGAUUCAGAUUAAAUAAGAAAAAAAUAUUUACAGGGCAUAUGGUGGCAGGAUAUGCUUGUCAGGUGGACUUUUCCCCAGACAUGAGCUACUUGAUAUCAGGAGAUGGAAAUGGAAAAUUAAAUAUUUGGGACUGGAAGACAACAAAACUCUAUAGUAGAUUUAAAGCUCAUGAAAAAGUAUGCAUUGGUGCUGUGUGGCACCCACAUGAAACAUCUAAGGUCAUAACUUGUGGCUGGGAUGGUCUUAUUAAAUUAUGGGAUUAA